AUGAAAUGCACUAAGCUCCAUUUACAGGAAAGAAUAAAGGCAAGACAAACAACUGAGCCUCAUCGCGAUAAGCCAAGAAGAUAUUGCCAGAAAAUAUUAGUGGAUGCCCAAUUUGAAGAAAAUUCUAGGUGGACGGAUGCUUUGCAAAGGUUUUGCUGCACUGAAAGCGUCAGCUUCGACAAUAGUAGAACUACGCAUCUACGAACUGAGCAAAACGUAAAUAAAAUGUUCCUUUCGGUUCAAAAUUUGCAAUUCAAUGGUGAUUUUAAACAAAGUAAAAGACCACUAACGAGUUUUAAAUUUAAAAACCCAGUUGAUGUUCAUAAACAUAGAAUGUUCGUGAAACAAGUAGUUGAUGAGGCCAAUUACAAUGAUGUUGACGACGAUUAUGCAUCAGAGCACAAAUGUUAUUACUUCAGCGAUUACGUGAAAAACUUUGCUAAUAAUGAACGGUCAAGACUGUCUUCAGCUAAGUCAAGUAUAAACCUUCAAAAAACGGAUAAAAUACUAAGAGAAAAUAAAUCAGUGCAAGUUGAUUUCAAAACAAUAACUAAAUCGAAACACAACGAGAAUGAAUUAACACCUGACGGUAUUUUUAUCAAAGAUGUUGAAAUAACAGGAAAUUAUAACGCUACUGAGAGGCAAAUGGAGAACUAUGACAUGAAUAAAAAUGAAACUAAAAUAGCGUUUUAUAGGCGAGGAAAACGAAAAAGUAUUACGAUUUCGAAGUCUGAAAGCCCAGAAACAGUUCAAGUAAUUAGAGUCGAUGUUGUUUGCAAUUAUAGCUGUAGUUCCACAAUGUCUGACUACGAUGAAGAUAAAAAACAGAGUAUUGAUGAUAAAACACCAUCAAUAGACGCACAAAAUGUAAAAACAAAUAUAAAAAGAUUUAAUUUGUCAAAUAAAUAUCUUUUAACAAAGUCUGUUAAAGCUUUAGACGAAAAUGUUUCUGGAGGUGCAAAUGUUACCUUGCUUUGCAAAACAUUUACUCUAAGUAAUAGAUUAAAAUCAUCGCGAGGUAAACCAUCUAAAAAGAUUUGUAAUAUUCGGCACGCUAGAAAAAAUGUAAAAAUUAAGUAA